GUCCUUGGAUAGCUUUUGAAGUCUAUUUUUAUAAUUGAGUGGUCUCAGUUCGAGAGGAGAGAGUAAUCAUCCAAAAAUCGAUCUGGAACGAGCAGUGGUCUGUGAACUCGAGCUGUGAGAGUGCUGAGACUGUUUGGUUGAUAUCUCGAGUUUUACCAAUCCAAUUAAGGCGUGUGAGAUACCAAAAGAAAGCUCUCAAGACGAGGAAUCCGUGAAGGUCUGGUUUGAAUCAAUCGGAGUAGAGGAAGGCUUCCAAAUCGUCCGAGCAGAACGCGACCUCGCAGGGACGGAUUUACUCUUCUAAGAAACGAGUUAACCGGAAAACACCCGUUCUAGGGGCUGUUUUCGUAUCAACGAUUAAGGGUUGAACUAGCACUUGGAGGAGGCUGUUUAACACUCAUAUUUGAGCAAGGAAUCGGUUCCAAAUCCACCUUGACCAAAGCUUUGACCAUUGGACCAAGAAGGGAAAGUUUAAAGCUCAAUUGAGGUUGAGGCUAGAGCUUGCUUCCUGUGCUCGUUGCCCGAGUGAUUUCCCCGGAGAGAAGACUUGGUUCGUGCUUCCUCCAUUCUGUUUUAGAACAUUAAUAAACAUGCUCAUGGAUAUUUUACUUUAGAGCCUGCGUGCUCAUGUUUGCCCUGUGUGGCCCUUUUGUUUUAAACAAUGUUUUCCGCUGCGUAUUGAAUUGCUUAUUAUGUAUGUUUAUGGAUGACUUAUGUGUGAAUGAUAUUCAUGACGCCUUGUAUAAUAUGAAUGUGUUGGACUGCGGUUGACUAUUCGUAUUGUACGGCGGGUUGUUGACGUGUCCGGAGAGGUCCGGGGCGUGACAAUUAAGUUGGUAUCAGAGCCUUAGUCCAUAAACUUCAUAAUGAAGUCUCAAAAUUCUCUUUUUGAAAAGAUUUUGAAAACCAUGAGCAUAGAAGUUUUGUACUUGGAGAGCUUUUGGUACUUGGGUUGCAAGGUCUCUAAUUGUUAAGAUGGUACCCUUAGCAAUUGGUAUGGCGGCGACUCAAGCCAAAAUGUGUCUUAAGUACCUAUCCGUCAAUUGACAUUUGAUAUGAGUUUAACGACUCUUUCCAAAUUUCUUUCAGAAAUGGACCGUGGUGGCAGGAUUACUAGGAGAAACCCAACUGGCCGUGUACCAGUGGAGACUGGACAGGGCAGUCGAAGGACCUCUAGGGCAUCUAGAGGAGCUGGCCGUGGAGGCCGAUCGCAGACCGUGAGUGACGGUCAUGUCGACACAGAGAGUGAAACCUACUGGUCCUAUGAGGACUCGACUUACCAACCGGAAACCGAGCCGGUCGAGACCCCUUAUGAAGGGGAUGAUGACGAUGUAAGUGAUGAGGAGGAAAAUGGCUCCUUGGCACGGAUUGAGGCGCUACUCCAACAGUAUCACCGUGAGCGUGAAAAGAGGAGGCAACGCCGAAGACGCCGAGCGGGGCAACCUUCGGGCAUGGCUUCAAGAGGAGGAAGUCAUGGUGCAUCUAGAGUCCAUGUGGAACCACAUGGAGGCCAAAAUGAUGGAGGUCCAACCAUAAGGAUCUCCAAAUUUAUCAAAGAAGCAAGGGACUUGGGGUGCAAACCCUUUGAUGGGGCAGGGGACAUUUCAGUUGCAGCACAAUGGAUCAAGAGGCUAAAUGAAGCAGCCCUUGACAUGCAAAUCGCGCCGAAUCUCAAACUGAGAAUUGCGGUAAGAUUGCUCGAGGGGAUGGCAUCCAAGUGGUGGGAUGGAACCAAGAGCAAGUACGGUGAGACCGUCGUUUGGGAGGACUUCCAACGGGAGUUCUUUGCCCAAUAUUAUUCUGAUUUUGAAGUAAACAAGAAGGUGAGGGAAUACACCCUCCUAACCCAAGGGGGUAACAUGACAGUGAAGGAACUUGAGUACAAGUUCCGGGAUCUCGCCGACUACAUACCGGAGUAUGCUUGUGACGAGAACCGAAUGGUAAACCACUUUUGGGAUGCUCUUGACUUGGAGAUACGUGAUAGGGCAACACAAUUGCCUAAUAUGACUUUCGCCCAAGUGGUUGACCAAGCGUUGAAAGGAGAGAAACAAUGGGAAGAAAGGAAGAAGAAAGACGCCGAAGAGGCGAAAAAGAGAAAGUGGGAGAGUCAUGGCUCUCAAGGUUCCAACAAGAAGGGGAAUCAUGGGGGAGGACCUUUCCGAGCACCACCGCCACCAUCUAGGGGGAACCAAGGCCCGAGUGGGCAAGGCUCGAGGUCACAAGCCUCAGUGGUAACUCGUUGCAACAAUUGCAAGAAACACCACUCCGGUAAAUGUCGUGACCCCCCUAGAUGUUUCCAAUGUGGGGAUGCCGGACACUUGAAGGCGCAUUGCCCCCAGUUGGGUGGGGCAAGGACAUCAGGACCAAGUAGCGGGGCUGCGGGAAGUAGAAACCAAGCCGGGGGCUCCCAAGUAACCAGGGGGCAAGGGGGAGCAAGCGCGAGUAACGCGCCGUCCGUGAAUCAAGGAAGGACGCAAGCUAGAGUCUACGCAAUGACCGAGGCCGAUGCUCGGGCUAAUCCCGACUCCAUCGCUGGUAAUACAUUUAUUUUGGGCACUUUUAGGCUUACUUAGAUCAUGUACGUCGUUGGGAUUGAGUGCGGGCCACCCCGGGGCCAAACCGGGUGAGUUAGGCCAAAUCAGGCUGGAAACAGCCACUGCCGGCCAGGCACGCCUGCAGGCACGCCGUGCGUGGCACCGUGCCUGGGAGGCAGUGGCCUCGCUAAGGAGUUCCGGCCAGGCACGGCUGCAGGCACGCCGUGCGUGGCACCGUGCCUGGGAGGCAGUGGCCUCCUCGAGGAAAUUCGGCCAGGCACGGUCGCAGGCACGCCGUGCGUGGCACCGUGCCUGGGAGGCAGUAGCGCCUAGGGCUUUUUCCCAAGCCAGGCACGAUCGUGCCUACCCCAGGCACGCCGUGCCUGGCACCCAGAUGGCCGAGGAUAGAUUUUUCGCACCGUUUUGCGACGUUAAGACCCGUUCUUGAUCCCAAACACAUGUGUGAACAUAAUAAACCUCUCUAAAUGUGUAAGAAUGGUAGGAAAGGUAUCUUACAUGACUUAUAAAUGUAGGAACACUAAAGAUUAAUGGGAAGGAUGCGCGAAUCCUUAUCGAUACCGGGGCGCAACGUUCAUUUGUGAAUGAAGCGUUCGCCAAGAGGUUGGGAGUGCAAUCCGCACCAUUGAUGCAAACCUUAGUGGUGUCAACACCACUAGGGGAUGACGUGGAAAGAACUUGUUACUAUCCAUCUUGUGGGGUGGAGGUUAAUGGUCAAACCUUGACGUGUGACUUCGUAUCGCUGAGCAUGAUGGAAUUCGAUGCAAUCCUAGGGAUGGAUUGGCUAGAAAGGAACCAUGCUAGGGUAGAUUGCUACACGAAGGUUCUUGAACUCGAAGGCAAUGAUGGGGAGACCCUACGCUUCGAGGGCGAUCGAGGGAGAUCAAAUAGCUGCAUCAUAUCCGCCGUGAGAGCGAGAAGUAUGAUGAGAAAGGGAUGCCACGCAUAUCUAGCAUACGUGGUUGACAAAACCAAAGAAGAAACGAACAUCGAUGAUGUGAGGGUGGUUUGUAAGUAUCCGGAUGUCUUCCCUAAAGACUUACCGGGGCUUCCACCUGAUAGGGAGAUUGAAUUUGUGAUCGAGGUUGAGCCCGACACCAAACCAAUCUCCAUACCGCCAUACCGUAUGGCACCCGCUGAACUUAACGAGUUGAAAACCCAAUUGCAAGAGCUUUUGGAUAAUGGUUUCAUUAGACCCAGCCACUCCCCGUGGGGAGCACCAGUUCUUUUUGUGAAAAAGAAAGAUGGGACACUCCGAAUGUGCAUUGACUAUCGUCAACUGAACAAGGUCACAAUCAAGAAUAGGUAUCCGUUGCCUAGGAUUGAUGACUUGUUUGAUCAACUACGAGGAGCAACCGUGUUUUCGAAGAUUGACUUGAGAUCGGGGUACCAUCAAUUGAAGAUUAAGGAAGACGACAUACCAAAGAGUGCUUUCCGCACAAGGUAUGGGCAUUUUGAGUUCCUUGUUAUGUCGUUUGGGUUAAUGAUAACCGCUUUCGCGGCGUUGUAGUAAAACGGAGUCUAACCUUUCGGUUUUUCCCCGAGUAUCGUGUCUCUCGAGGAAUGGCGGAGGAGCUUCUUGAUUUCAAGUCCAGUCACAGGUUAUCGC